CCCCGCACGUCGAGCAUUCAGUAGACUCGGCCAUUUCUCUCGCGAAGCGUAGCGACUCGCUCAGCCGCGCGACGGUUUUUUUUUUCGCGACUGCACCGUGCGGGUACUCCCGGAAGUUUUGCAAAAUAACGCGACGCAAAAGGAUGAUACACUCCGGGCGCACCAGGCUCGAGAAAAAAGUAAGUCUCCAACAGUUAGGAGUGGGAGGAGGGGGCCAAGGGGUCGGACAAGGGGUACUGGCGGUCGAGGAGACGGAAAAAGGAGGCGGCGGUACCGGUGGACAAUGGUGGAAGCAGCAACAUCCAUCCUAUCAUCACCAUUAUCACCAACAUCAUCAUCAUCAACAACAUUAUCAUCAUCAGGGCGGUUAUUACACGCAAUCGCAUACUCACAACCCUGUCACUACCAUGAAGCAAUCCUACAUGCAGCUAACAUGGGUGUUUCACGAUGACGAGGCGCAGAUUAACAAGAAACUGCCAAAAGAAUUGCUACUCAGAAUUUUUUCGUACCUCGAUGUCGUAUCGCUAUGCCGUUGUGCCCAAGUAAGCAAAGCCUGGAACGUGUUGGCGCUCGAUGGGUCCAAUUGGCAGAGGAUCGAUCUCUUCGAUUUUCAACGAGACGUGGAGGGACCAGUAAUAGAAAAUAUCUCGAGGCGUUGCGGCGGAUUCCUCAGGCAGCUCUCGCUCAAGGGAUGCCAGAGCAUCGGCAACAACUCGAUGCGCACCCUAGCCCAGUCGUGUCCUAAUAUCGAGGAGCUCAAUUUGAGCCAGUGCAAGAGGAUCUCGGACGCGACAUGCGCGGCCCUCAGCAGUCAUUGCCCCAAGCUCCAGCGGCUGAACCUGGACUCCUGCCCCGAGAUAACGGACAUGUCCCUGAAGGACCUCGCGGCUGGCUGCCCACUGCUCACUCACAUCAAUCUCUCGUGGUGCGAGCUGCUCACGGACAACGGGGUCGACGCGCUCGCCAAGGGCUGCCCGGAGCUCCGCAGCUUCCUGAGCAAGGGUUGCCGCCAGCUGACGGAUAAGGCCGUCAUGUGCUUAGCGCGCUACUGUCCUAAUCUCGAAGCGAUCAAUCUACACGAAUGUCGGAAUAUUACGGACGACGGCGUCAGAGAACUUAGCGAACGGUGUCCACGGCUGCAUUACGUUUGCCUGUCGAAUUGCCCCAAUUUAACGGACGCGACGUUGAUUAGCCUGGCACAACACUGUCCACUCCUCAAUGUACUCGAGUGCGUCGGGUGCGCCCAUUUCACGGAUACGGGUUUUCAGGCCCUCGCGAGAAACUGCAAGCUGCUCGAGAAGAUGGAUCUGGAAGAGUGCCUUUUAAUCACCGACGCCACCCUCACUCACCUGGCGAUGGGUUGCCCGAGACUGGAGAAACUAAGCCUGUCACACUGUGAGUUGAUCACCGACGAAGGCCUCCGGCAAAUCGCGCUGUCGCCGUGCGCGGCGGAACACCUAGCCGUCUUAGAGCUGGACAACUGCCCGAACAUCUCGGACAACGGUCUGAACCAUCUGAUGCAGGCCUGUCACAAUCUCGAGCGUAUCGAACUUUACGACUGCCUACACAUUACCAGAGAGGGCAUACGUAAACUCAGAGCCCAUCUACCGAACUUAAAGGUGCACGCGUAUUUCGCACCACCGACCCCGCCACCCAGCGCGGGAGCCUCGCGACAACGAUACUGUCGGUGCUGCGUCAUUCUGUGAUUUUGCCUUCAACUCCUAACUCCGAAGUAAAAAAAAAAUCGUCCGAUAUACAUACCCACGGGAUUAUAGUGGACCUUUUAUCGGUAGUCGCUGCCUGCGGCGAUUAUGGGACCUCUCUCUCUCUAUCGUGGUUACCGGAGGAGCCGCUCCGGUUGCCCAUCACGCAUUGAUAAGUGAGAACGGGACUCGUUGUCAAUUGCAAAUCGUUAAAUCGAUUCAAGCUCCAUGCGCAACGAGUGAAGUACGUCACCAUCAUCAACACAGCCACUGAUGCUACUACUGCAAUUACCACUAUGACCGCUGCUGCUGCUGCUACUGCUGCUGCUGCUAUUACUAUUACUACUAUUACUACCGCUGUUACUACUACACUUAUUAUUAUUAUUUCUAUUUGUACUCCGUUAUCUCGAUAGUAAGUGCAUCGCCAACUAUCUCGGUUUAUAUCGCGUGCGGGAAGUUAGUCUGCAAAGGAAAGAAAUUCUCAGGUUUCCUUAGCGAUAUUAUCGUUUUCUAUGAUCUUCAUUUAGCGUUUUCGUCCACUCGGGGAGAAAUUGCGCGCGCGCGCCCGCGCGGUUUUCUGAGCCGCUCGCCGCCGAUGCAUACAUCGGUGCGACGUAUUCGAGAGCGAGCGAGCUUAUUUUGAUUAGCGUUCGGAGACGCGUAUUUUCCUAGCGGUACGCGAGCAAGUUUAUCGAUUUACGUUGCUCGAUAAACACGAGAUACUUAUUUUAAGGUACGCGUAAAUGUCUUAUAAAUAUCUUAAUAAGCACCCGCGCGCGUACUACCGAUGGGGGGGGGGAGCGUAAAAGAAAGCGGUAGUUUUAGGGGGCGACAAUGGAGUCGAGCGUAAUAACGCGUGCAAUCGUAUCCAGAGGUCGAAUUUCACACACACAUCUCGACGUGUAACCGUAGCAGUUUCUCAACGAACACUGCCUAUAAUGCUAUUGAUAAACGAGAAAAAAAAGGAGGAAGAAAAAGAAGAAAAAAAAUAUAAAGACGGUAUAGCGACCGCGAAUCGAAUCUCGUCAUAAUGUUUAGGGUAUUGCUAUCGUUUAUCGUAUAACGUAGACGUAUAACGCACCGGCAAAAUACGGCUCGGUGAAAGUGUUUCUUCUCGGUGUCUGUUUAAAAGUAUUAAACGUAUCGCGCGUACGCGACUACCGAGCGAACACCUACGAAUUUCUUUCCUUUCGUAAAAAAAAGAAAAAAAUGAAAACCCAGAAAAAAGUAGAAAGAGAGAGAGACGGAGAGGAACGCGGUGUCGCGGAAUCUUUUCGCGUUAAAGGGCGCACAACUUUCAACGUUUAGCGACGGAAAAAAAUUCGACGUAUUGUGAUCGUGGACACUCGAGACGAGGUGAAUAAAAAAAAAACCGGGAGGUGGACGGCCCCGAGUAUCGUCUUUGAAGACUCUAUCGCCGUUGGCGCGGCUUUAUAUAGCGGUGGCGCGUGAGAGAGAUGCAUUUUACAGUCGAUUCGCGGGCAGACGGUAUUUACGCCCGUGCAUCGUACCCUCGAGUACCCGUAAAAAAAAAAAACCGUAAACGCCACUUCUCCUCAACGGCCCGGACAUCUGUAUUCUAUUAUUUCUUUUUCCCUGUUUUAUUACCUUGUUUUCUUUUUGUUUCUUUUUUAACUUGUCAUGGACUAGGAGAGCACAGACUGACAAACGAAUCAAAGCGUUAAUGUGUUAAACCGAUUAACUUUGUGCCGGCGGCGAACAGCGCUGGCGCGUUUUUACUUUUUAAGCCUAGGUUUAAAAAAAAACAAAGAAGAACGGAAUGGCGGCAGUAUCAUGAAGCCACGGACGUAUCGCGGAGGGCGGACGGAUCGGCGAGGGAUCGGCGAUGGAUCUCCGCGCGCGUUCUUCGCCAACCGAUCCCGGAUACUCCGGCGACCACAGUGACGAUGUGCCCGAUGGUGAAGAACAAACGAAACAAUCAGAAGAAAAGACAUUUAAUAUCUCCGACCCAGUGCUCGUGGAAGCCCCGGUCGUAAGAUCCGGCGGCCACCUCGCUAGAUCGGAUCACGGUAUAUGGUUCGAUGAAGCAGCCGAUUUGUUGCGGGACCCUCGCGGGCGCGUUGAGCGCCUCAGAGAAAAGAAGAAAAAGAAGAAGAGACGAGCGGCUCACAACAGGACGCGAAACGAACGUCGAGAGCGUGGUUUUCCGAGGUCGGGAAACGGGGACCACGGCAAGACGUACGAGCAACCCCUAUGGAUUACGAUUUUCCAUUUGAUUGUGUACGAAGAAACUCCACAACGCAGUUCCUCCGAGAGAGUUCUCGCGGCGAAACUUGACGGACGGAUUUGGGUUUCGAGUCGACAUAAUUUAUUUUGAAUAUAAAAGACACUACACACAUGUAAACGCGCGUGCGCGCGCAUACACGACACACACACACACACACACACACGAGACACACAUACAUUGGCUAUAUUUUUAGAAGCGUACCCUCGCCAGAUUUUUACCGAAGAAGCCGAGGAACGCACUUUGAAUGCGUUUCAAACCGGCCGGGUCGAAGACCAGGCGCGCGAAAAUUUUAAAAAGCGGUCCAGUUUCGAAGUGCAAUAUCCGUCAGGCGCGGAACGCGCCUCGUUUUUCCUUCCUCUGUCUUUUGAUUCCUUGAAUCGCAAAAACCCGGUUUAAUAUCGCGACUCAGCGCGUCGUCGCGUUAAGCAAAAAGAAGAAAAAAGAAAAAGGGGGGAAAGAAGAAGAAAGAAACACGUGGUAUCGAUUGUUAAUCCUUUGGUAGCGUGUAAGAGACGUACCGCGGUAUAUAUAUUGAAGUAUAUAGCGUGUAACAGGAAGUAACGGAUGCGGCAACCUAGUUAUAUAAUGCAACAGUAAAUAAAUAUAUAGAUAAGAUAUGUUUUAUACGCUGCAUGUCAUCCCUAGUGGAGUAACGUGAUCAUUGUAAACGUGUCGUUCGAAGUCAGGUUAAUAAUUAUAAGCGAUGUACGAUUAUACGCGCGCAUGACGUAACCCGCGAUGAUGCAGGACAUACACACGGACAAACACACACACAUACACACACGCACAUCUAAUACAGAGACACCGCGCGUUGUCCGCACUCGUGCAAGGCUUUCCGACCUCUCGCGAAUUCCGGUACGAGCGUUUGCGUUCCUCCUCCGAGCUCGUCCGCGCGGACCUGGUCCCCCGCGUCGCGGGGCUCACUCGGGAGAGAUUUGACCGCGCGAAUUCUCCGGGAAUGCAGAGGGACCCUUUCCUCCCGAAUCUUCAACCGCGCCCCGGGGUGAGACUCACGAUGUGAAGCGAGAGAGGGGGAGAAGCGAAAGGGUUCCGCCGCCGGAUGCGCGAGCUAAACUCAAAAUACAAAGUCAAUCGCAGUGCCUGAAAUGUUACGAAGCUAAUCCGCGUGGUCGUGUCGAGCGCGAGCAGAUUGUAACGCUAACGUAGAAUGAUGUUUGGCUGAACCAAAGUUUUAGCGCGGCGCAUCCGGGCGCGUCCGGCGGAUGUGAUCGGAAAAGGGCGAUAUCACGCUUGUUGUGUACAACAAACUUCUCGAGAUUCAUAGUCCGUCGCAUCUUAUAUUUAAAACCAUCUCAUCAUUUUAUUAUAUUUAAGACCGUCUCAAGUAUUAACAUGUAAACCGAUUGGAGAACCCCGCAUUGGUUGUAAUUGUCCAAGGGCCCUAGCGGAAUGUCUUGUACCUUAAGACAAAGUAACGCACAAUAACCGUCUUGUGUCUCGAGUCUUAAAUGUGGAGACAGCACUCUGUGAAGACACCAGACAGUUAUUACUUAAGACUUAAAACAUAAAACAUUGCCUUAAAAGCACAAGACAGUCAUUCUGCCAAGGCCCUGAGAUUACUUGAGGGCGGACUGUGAAUACUAAUCCAGGCAAAUUGAUUUGGCUGCAAAGUAGAAAAUUUUUAGAGACAUGAAAAAGCUCUAUCGCGCAGCCAGUCGAUAUGCUCGUUUGUCGACGACAAAUGUUACAUCGCCCCAAGAUUCGCGGAGAGAACGUCGUGAACCGCCGCCAACCCGGGACAUCGUCGUCCGUCGUUGAUCGCGUUGCGCUUAACGCGCGAGGGACGGCGAGAGGAGCCCUCCGUCGGGCGUCCUCCUCGACUCGAACGUGCGGACGACUCGCUCUCGGACGACCUUCCGGACUUGCGAUAUCUGUCUGGGUGUCGCCGAGAGAAGCGGAGGGAGAACGAAGUACCGUCGCACACUUUUUCGAUGAUCGCCACUUACAGUUUAAUCAAUUGUAAUAAUCCGCAGUUGUCACCGUUGAAUCGUGUUGUAACGGUUAAUUAACAAGAUAAGAGAUCGAAGCGUUGACGCCGCUGAGUGAUCGUGCAAGUGUUUGGCUGUGCAAGAGAGAAAGCUGACUAGGUUUGAUUUAGGAAGGCUGUGAAUAGAGGACGAGACGAGGGCGGGAAGGGAGAAAAGAGUGAGCGAGAGUGCGAGAGCGAGAGAGUAAAGAGUGAAAGGGUUGAGAGGGGGUGCGUGAGAGAGAGAGAGAGAGAGAGAUAGAGCGAAAGAGAUAGAGAUAUUAAUCGAAGUCAGCGAAAGUAUCCCGGUAUCCGCUGCGUGUUAUCAACGGACUGACGCGGUCAGUCCCGUUAAUAGUCGCCACAUGCCGAGGACGAUUCGGAACGGAUCGGGUCGGCCCGUUUAUCAAUCAGCCCCGUUUAUUUUAAGAAAUAAACGAAAACUCCAAAAAAAAAACGUUUCCUCGCGUACAUACAACACAACGGCAUCCAUGGUCUACACGUGUCGGCCUACACGUGCCUCCCGACGAACCUCGACGACUUCGGCUAUCGAGAGAGGACGUCGUCGAGAAAGAAGAAAAAUAACAGGGGGGAAAAAAGCAAGAAUAAGAUGGAACAGAUUCGCGUACGAAUACUGUAGCUAAUUAUAUUGACACUUCGCUGCUUCGAGAAGCUGCAGUCUACCAUGUAUAUAUUUUCAUUAAUGUAUGUAUAAUAAAAUAUAUUCGAGACAAAA